ACACGGAGCCUCGGCUGCUGUAAAUUUGGUUCUUGAAUCGAACGGGGAAGUGUUGAACAGAAACCAAAUAUUUUUGCGUUGAAUUUAGGUGGUUUCCUCCUCCGUGGGUUGCUGUUUAUAAAAACCUGACCGAACUCGUCUUUUUUAACGGCUCCGUGUUUGAACUAAUGUGACGAAGUUUGCAUUUCAAGGGCGGUGAGUGUUCAGGUGUUCGUCUGCUAUAUACUCUCCUGGCGCUGCCUAGGUUGAUGUUGUCUGCCACUUCGUUUCACAGCGCAAGCAGAGACAUUUUCUGGGACGUAAAAUUUGAUUUAGGACGGUGAACCGUCUAACGCCACACCAUUUUCUUUUAUUGAAUUGGACCAACAUUCAAGUGGCUUUUCUAAGACAGACCGAGGAUGGAUGAGACGGACAAGUACCAACAGAGGCUGCAGGCGAUUGCUGAGAAGCGACGUCUGCAAGAGGAGCAGGAGAGGGCUAAGAGGGAGAUGGAGGAAGAAAAAUUGAGGCUGCAGCAACUCAAGAGGAAGUCUCUCAGGGACCAGUGGCUGAUGGAGGGACCCCCCCAGUCCCCCACCUCCCCAGACACCCAGGCCCCCCCCUCCCCCCUCUGGGGCUCCCAGGCCAAGGAGAUAGAGCAACACAUAGACAAGUUGCAGACAGAGAGUCAGCGGCUGGCAGAGAAGGAAGAGAAGAUCAAGGAGCAGAUGGAGGAUGGCCAAACGGAAGCAGCGGCUGUAGCGGAGUGCGUUGCAGAGGCAGUCCAGGUGACGGUUGUGGAGAACGGGCAGGUGCAAGUCGAGGCAGCAUCAGGCGAGGCAGCAUCAGGCGAGGCAGCAUCAGGCGAGGCAGCAUCAGGCGAGGCAGCAUCAGGCGAGGCAGCAUCAGGCGAGGCAGCAUCAGUGUUGGAGGUGGCGGAGGAGGGCGUGGUUAAGAAUCCAGGCCCGCUAUUGGAGGGAUCGACUGCCUUGACCAAUGGCAGAGGGGAGGGGGAGGGCCAAGCAGCCCUCGACCCCUCGGGCGAGGAGGGGAGUCCCAGCACCAAUGGUCUGGUCGCCAACGGUGCAGACGGCGCCGUCACCAUGACGUCCCUGGGCUACUCGGAGGCGGAGCCUGAACAGGAUCCUCUGAACGGCGGGGAGGAGGACGAGGGGAUAAUUAUGAUGCGGGCGGAACGAGUGAUCGUUACGGAUGACAGCGACGAGGCGCCAGAAGGCCUUUCACCCCCCGACGGGGCGCCGCAGACCAGCUCCCAAUCCGCACAGGAAGGAGCUGGAGAGACUGAGGUGGUGGAACCCGAGUCUGUCCCGGAACCUUCCGCAGAGCGAGAGAAAGUAGAGGAAGAGAAGGAAGGGGGGGCGGAAGAAGGAGGGACUACUGUAGAGGCAGAAACGCCUGAGGCGACUGACGGAGAAGUAGAAAUGGUUGGAGAGGGAGAGGCGAAAGAAGAAGUGCAGAAAUCGAUGGAUGCGGCGGCCACACCUGAGCUGCAGUCCCCCGCCAACGCCCUAGAUGGCGCUGUAGCUGAUAUUCCUGUCUCCUCUGAUACCCAGCCUGCUCUUGCCCACACCUCUAGUCCUGAUGCCGAAGAAGUGGCUGCCAAGACGGAAAGAGAGAACCAGGGGGACCAGGGGGGAGAGGCAGUCCCAGCUGCCCAGGCUGAGGUCACCCUCACGGGGCAGGAGUUCCAGGAGGUGUCCCUUGCAGAGCCCCGGACUGAGGCCGGGUCUGUGGAGCAGGAGCCCUUGCUGUCUGCCUCCAAGGCCCCCCAGACCCAGGCGGGGGCCCAGGCGGCGAUGGCGUCCCCUCCAGAGACUCUUGCCUUGAGCAGGGCGCAGGAAGGGGAAUCCCCGAAACGCAAAACCUGCCAGUGUUGCUCCGUUAUGUAAAUUUGAUUUAUUUCUCUUUAUCACUCUUUUACUUUCGUGCUUUCACUCGGUCUCCCUUCUUCCCCCCCCCCCCCCUUUUUAAACACGUGCGAAUUGUUUGUUUCCUUUCUCGACCUUCCUCCACCCCUCCUCUAACCCGUCUUGUGUUAUUAAAACCGUGCGAGAAAAGGGCUGCGUCUCUAACACUGUGAAGGGUGGAGGAAGGGAGGAGUACUAAUGUGCCUUCCAAGCUCCACACCCAAAACUCCAUCUUCCCCCCCCGCCCUCAGACACCUGUCCUGCCACCCCCCCCCCCACACACACACACACACACCCACAAACCCUACACGGCAUUUUACCAGGCCGCUUGCAAUGCUGUUCUCCACCGAGAGUGACCAAAGAUAUCUAUGGCCUUCUUACUGUACACGAGGAAUGUGUUGAACCAGCUUCUGUUCUCAUGCUCUUUCCUAAUUCCGAAAUCGAAUCUAAUGGAGUGCUAUACAUGCAAACUUGUCUGUCAACAGGUUACUAUGAUACGGGCGGCUUCAGUUUAAUGUUAAUCAAGGUGUUCAGUUGUAUCGUUUUGAUAUGAAUUCAUGUAGGUCCAUGCACUAAACAUUUUUAUCCAAUUGUUCUGCUCAUUUUGUGGCGAAAAGUACCAUGGUGGACAUAACCAAGGAAGAAAUGCCUGUUUUCUUUUUGGAUGUAUUUGCUUGGCCUUUUGCUCUACUUGAAUAAUACCAACCAUUCUACCAUAUUGCGUUUUGUCCAUUCUAACUUUAAAGAUGACGUUUAUUUUUAACAGCUAAUGGCUAGAUUCAAGCUGUGUUUUUCUUUUAUCAAAUGUAUUUUCCCAUAGUUUUAAGGAUAUGCACAGCUCUUUUGAGAUUGCUGUGGGCAUGUAUGUAUAUAGCCAUCAUGAAUUUGGGGGGAAGGGA